AUGGCUCUUCCAAAGGGAAUGAUCAUUUUCUGCCUUGGGGCUCUCCUUGUCUGCUCCAUCCUGUCAGGCACUACCACCGCCAAUUCCAUUAGCUACGGCGCCCUUGAUCGUGACUUACCCAAGGGCCACCCAGGGGGGAACAACGGCCAGUCUGGCGAAGUCAACCAUUACGAGAGGGGAUGCGAGACCAGUCAACAUUGUCGCCUUGAACGCAAAUGA